GCCGAGUGACGGCGCUUCCCGGCAUGCUCGGUGCGCAGGCGCGGGGCGGCCGGCGCUGCCCGGGGGCCGUGAGGGCGGCGGGGUGCCGGGCAUGGCGGCGGGCGGCGGGGAGCGGGCGGCAGGUGCGGUGCAGCAGGGAUGAAGAGCCGGCAGCGGAUGUUCGCGGCGGUGAUGCGCCUGCUCCUCAAGUGCCUGCGUCUGGGCCGGCGGCGGCGGUUUAAGCUGGUGCAGCAGGCGGGACAGCUGUGGCACUACGGGCAUCUCUGCCUCCGUUCCCUGCUCUACAAUUCCUUCACCAACGGCGACGUGGUGCUUGACUCCCUCUUUGAGCCUGUCUACUGGCUGGUGGACCACGUCACCCGCUGGUUUGGUGUGGUGUUUGUGGCACUGGUGAUAGGGCUGACAAGCUCCAUUGUGGCCAUUGUGUACAUCUGCCUGCUGCCCCUCAUCCUGCAGACGUACACACCUGCCUGGAUCUGCUGGCAUCUUGCCUACGGACACUGGAACCUCAUCAUGAUUGUCUUCCACUACUACAAGGCCAUCACCACCUCGCCUGGGCACCCACCACAGGCCAAGAACGAUCUCACUGGCAUCUCCAUCUGCAGGAAAUGUAUUGCCCCCAAGCCAGCUCGCACCCACCACUGCAGCAUCUGCAACAGGUGUGUGCUGAAGAUGGACCACCACUGCCCCUGGCUAAAUAACUGUGUGGGGCACUACAACCACCGCUACUUCUUCUCCUUCUGCCUCUUCAUGACCAUGGGCUGCAUCUACUGCAGCAUCAGCGGCUGGGACAUGUUCCGGGAUGCCUACGCAGCCAUUGAGACGUAUUACCAGACCCCGCCACCCACCUUCUCCUUCCGCCAGCGAGCUUUCCACAAGAGCGUGGUCUACCUCUGGGUCCUGUGCAGCUCAGUAGCGUUGGCCCUGGGUGCCCUCACACUGUGGCAUGCUGCCCUCAUCACCCGUGGGGAAACCAGCAUUGAGAGGCACAUCAACAAGAAGGAGAGGCAGCGACUGCAGAAGAAAGGCAAGGUCUUCAGGAACCCCUACAGUUACGGCAGCUGGGAUAACUGGAAGGUGUUUCUGGGAGUGGACAUGCCAAGGCACUGGCUCACCCGUGUCCUGCUGCCCUCUCCUCACCUGCCCCAUGGAACAGGUCUAAGCUGGGAGCUGCCUCCCUGCAUGAGAGAGCAGCACACGCCACUCCUGGCUAUCUGAGGGCUGUGUGCUGCAGCAGUCCUUCCCUGCUGGCAGGGGAGUGCACAGGGGACCGACUCCACCACCACGGCUCAGUUUGGCCCAAGUGGCUGGUGGAAGGCAGGUGCUGGCACACACCGCUUGCCAGAGCCAGAGCUCUGGGAAAUGGGACUUUGUUGAGGCCUGGUUGCCUGUUCUAUCAGCACCUCAGUGGCUGCAGGCAGCCCUGGGGAGGGGGACAAAGUUGCUGCUCCCCAGUCUCGAUGAAGGUACUGUCCUUACCGCACACCAAUAUGGGCCAGCGCAGGGCCUGGGACUCUCUGGUAGGGCAGGGGGCAGAGGAUGGCUUACCUGCCCCCUAAGCAUUCCCCAGGGAGACUUUUUAAGAGCAUCCAAUAAAGAUGUUUUGUGUUUUUGUUUUUUUUUAAAA